CUCAGGCGCCGGCCGCCAGAAGCCAGGCGGCGGCGGCGGGGCCCCAGGGAGGAGAGGGAGGAGGAGGAGGAGGAGGAGGAGGAGAAGCGGGUCUGUGGUCCCGAUGUCCCGGGCCGGGCACUGAGCAGCCGGUCCUUCCCGGUCCCGCCAUGCAGAAGAGCGUGCGGUACAACGAGGGGCACGCCUUGCACCUGGCGCUGCUGGCCCGCAGGGAGGGCACCAAGCGCGGCUUCCUGGGCAAGCGGGCGGCCGAGGCCAGCCGCUGGCACGACAAGUGGUUCGCCCUCUACCAGAAUGUGCUCUUCUACUUCGAGGGCGAGCAGAGCGGCCGGCCCGCCGGCAUGUACCUGCUGGAGGGCUGCACCUGCGAGCCCGUCCCCGCCCCCGCCCCGCCCAAGCCCGGCGCCGCCGCCGCCGCCGCCAGCACCAGGGACCCCCCGGACAAGCAGUACUACUUCACGGUUGUCUUUGGCCAUGAAGGUCAGAAGCCUUUGGAACUCCGAUGUGAAGAGGAACAUGAUGGCAAAGAAUGGAUGGAUGCUAUUCAUCAAGCCAGCUAUUCAGACAUUCUGAUUGAAAGGGAAGUGUUAAUGCAGAAAUACAUUCAUCUGGUUCAGAUCGUAGAGACGGAAAAGAUUGCAGCCAACCAACUUCGACAUCAACUGGAGGAUCAAGACACAGAAAUUGAAAGACUGAAAUCGGAGAUUAUUGCUCUCAAUAAAACGAAGGAACGAAUGCGACCGUAUCAGGGCAACCAGGAAGAUGAGGAUCCGGAUAUCAAGAAGAUUAAAAAGGUUCAGAGCUUUAUGCGGGGAUGGCUUUGUAGAAGAAAAUGGAAGACCAUUGUUCAAGAUUAUAUUUGUUCUCCCCAUGCAGAAAGUAUGAGAAAAAGAAACCAGAUUGUUUUUAAUAUGGUUGAGGCGGAGUCAGAAUAUGUACAUCAGCUCUACGUUCUUGUGAACUGUUUUCUCAGGCCGUUAAGAAUGGCUGCAAGUUCGAAGAAACCUCCUAUUAGCCAUGAUGAUGUUAGCAGCAUUUUUCUCAACAGUGAAACAAUCAUGUUUCUUCAUGAAAUAUUUCAUCAAGGACUGAAAGCAAGGCUAGCUAAUUGGCCUACUUUAAUUUUAGCCGACCUGUUUGACAUUCUGCUGCCGAUGCUGAAUAUUUAUCAAGAGUUUGUCCGUAAUCACCAGUACAGUCUCCAAGUCCUGGCAAACUGUAAGCAGAACAGAGAUUUUGAUAAACUCCUGAAGCAGUAUGAAGCCAACCCUGCAUGUGAAGGGAGAAUGUUGGAAACUUUCCUUACGUAUCCAAUGUUUCAGAUCCCUAGGUAUAUUAUAACACUUCAUGAACUUCUAGCACAUACACCCCAUGAACAUGUGGAAAGAAAAAGUCUGGAAUUUGCCAAGUCAAAGCUAGAAGAAUUAUCAAGGGUGAUGCAUGAUGAAGUGAGCGACACAGAAAACAUCCGGAAAAACCUUGCCAUAGAAAGAAUGAUCGUGGAAGGCUGUGACAUACUCUUGGACACCAGCCAAACUUUCAUUCGUCAAGGUUCUCUUAUUCAAGUCCCUUCAGUUGAGAGGGGGAAACUUAGCAAAGUUCGCCUGGGAUCAUUGUCUUUGAAAAAGGAAGGAGAAAGACAGUGUUUCUUGUUUACAAAACACUUUUUAAUUUGUACAAGAAGUUCAGGAGGAAAACUACAUCUGCUAAAGACAGGUGGUGUUCUCUCGUUAAUCGACUGCAUCCUGAUUGAGGAACCAGAUGCAAGUGAUGAUGAUUUGAAAGGCUCCGGGCAAGUGUUUGGACACCUGGAUUUUAAGAUAGUGGUGGAACCUAGCGAUGCUCCUCCUUUCACCGUUGUCUUGUUAGCACCAUCCCGUCAGGAAAAGGCUGCUUGGACAAGUGACAUAAGUCAGUGUGUGGACAAUAUUCGAUGCAAUGGUUUAAUGACCAUAGUAUUUGAAGAAAACUCCAAAGUUACCGUGCCACAUAUGAUUAAGUCCGACACCCGCCUUCACAGAGAUGACAUCGACAUCUGCUUCAGCAAAACAUUGAACUCCUGCAAAGUUCCCCAGAUACGAUAUGCCAGCGUGGAACGCCUCUUGGAGAGGUUGACUGAUUUGCGAUUUCUCAGCAUCGACUUCCUGAACACUUUUCUACACACAUAUCGGAUUUUUACAACUGCAGCUGUGGUUCUGGAGAAGCUGUCUGACAUAUAUAAAAGGCCUUUCACCUCCAUCCCAGUCAGGUCCUUGGAAUUGUUUUUCGCUACAAGUCAAAAUAACAGAGGAGAAUACUUGGUGGAUGGGAAGUCUCCUCAUGUGUGUCGCAAGUUCUCCUCUCCACCGCCUCUGGCAGUGUCUCGAACCUCUUCUCCGGCGAGAGCCAGGAAACUGUCAUUGACUUCUCCCAUGAACUCAAGAAUAGGCGCUUUGGAUCUCUCCACUUCUUCCACUGCCAGCAGUCCUACCUCAACUUUCAGUCCUGCUACAUCCCCGCCAGCCAAUGCUGGUAAAGUACCACUGGAUCUUAGCCGAGGCCCUUCUUCUCCUGAACAAAGCCCUGGUGCCCUAGAAGACAGUUCAGAGAACCCACGCAUAGAUCUGUGUAACAAGCUACGAAGAAGCAUCCGAAGAGCAGCUGUUCUAGAGUCUGCGUCGCUGGACCGACCAAUUCCUGAGAGUGCCCCGCCUGCGGAUGCGGCAGAAAUGUCCCCCUGCAGGUCACCCUCUACCCCUCGUCAUCUCCGCUACCGCCAGCCAGGGCAGGCUGCCGACAGCACUCACUGUUCCGUGUCUCCAGCCUCAGCUUUCGCCAUCGCCACCGCCGCAGCAGGCCAUGGAAGUCCACCAGGAUUUAACAACUCUGAGAGAACGUGCGACAAAGAGUUCAUAAUUCGCAGGACAGCCACCAACCGAGUCCUGAAUGUUCUUCGCCACUGGGUCUCAAAGCACUCUCAGGAUUUUGAGCUAAAUAGUGAACUGAAGAUGAAUGUCCUAAAUUUAUUGGAAGAAGUUUUACGAGACCCUGACCUCCUACCCCAAGAGAGGAAAGCCACGGCCAAUAUCCUGAGGGCUCUUUCUCAAGAUGAACAAGAUGAUGCCCAUCUUAAAAUAGAAGAUUUGAUUCAAGCGUCAGACUGUGUGAAGGCAGAGUGCUUUGAAACCUUAUCAGCUAUGGAACUCGCAGAGCAGAUAACCCUGUUAGACCACAUCGUUUUCCGAAGUAUCCCCUACGAGGAAUUUCUGGGACAAGGUUGGAUGAAAUUGGAUAAAAGUGAAAGGACACCCUACAUUAUGAAAACCAGCCAACACUUUAAUGAUAUGAGUAAUCUCGUAGCCUCCCAAAUCAUGAACUACGCCGACGUCAGCUCUCGGGCGAACUCGAUUGAGAAGUGGGUGGCAGUAGCUGACAUCUGUCGCUGUCUGCACGAUUACAACGGGGUGCUGGAGAUCACCUCGGCCUUGAACAGAAGCGCGAUCUACAGGCUGAAGAAAACCUGGGCCAAAGUGUCUAAACAGACUAAAGCUCUUAUGGACAAACUUCAGAAGACGGUAUCAUCUGAAGGGAGAUUUAAAAACCUUAGAGAAACACUCAAAAAUUGUAAUCCUCCUGCUGUUCCCUAUCUUGGGAUGUUUUUAACGGACCUGGCGUUCAUUGAAGAAGGAACACCAAACUUUACAGAGGAAGGUCUUGUAAACUUUUCCAAAAUGAGAAUGAUCUCGCAUAUUAUCAGGGAGAUACGUCAGUUCCAGCAGACUUCUUACCGGAUAGACCAUCAAGCCAAGGUCACCCAGUACCUACUGGACAAGACUCUCAUCAUAGAUGAAGAUACGCUGUAUGAGCUAUCGCUGAAAAUUGAGCCUAGACUCCCUGCUUGAAGAGCCAGCUUUGUCCAUGAGUGUGCAGAGAGUUUUCGUGUUAAAGGACAGAUCUGUGCAUGCCUUGCCCUCCGGAAUGCUAGAGGAAGAGGAGUGAGGAUGACACUGCCUCCCAGAAAUCCCCCCGUCAGGCAAGGAAAACGCUGCUGCUGCUGCUGCUGCUGCUACUGCUGCAUGGGAUGGAGGAAAGGCAAAAAGACUUCAGACUUGGGGGUGGGUUGUGGGGUUGGUGUCAGGGGAUUAUUACUUGGCAAAACAUAACGAUUGCAUUGAGGGAACAAGCUUCUAGAGAAGAACUGAGGCUCUCUGGAACCUAUAUGCUAGUAACCCACUCCCCUGGGAUUAGUUAGGGAAGGAGACAAAUCUAAACCCCAUAGCACGUUCCGGUCACGUGCUCCAGCAGAGGGAGGAGGAAUGACAGACCUCCAGGUUUGACAGUUUUCUGGGCACGUUGCUCUCACCAUUGUGCAUCUACUGACCCAUUCCUGGGAGUUUUCUGCUUUUGUAUUUUUUCAUUUGCAAAUAGUAGGCGCUUAGCAGAAAAAAAAUGUAACUCACAUUUGAUGGAGACUGAGCAACUUCGUGGCAGUUUUAAUCUACAAGCAUGUGCACGGUUUCAAAAGUGUUGUACAUAUUUAUAUCUAGAGACUAAUAUUAUGUUCUUUAGUGGUCUCACCCGUGUUGAGAGUACGAAAAAGUGGGAGGGGUUGGUGUAAAUGUUGAAAAUCAAGUUGACUUUAUACAUUCAACUCCUUAAGUAAAAGGUAAGGAACUGCCUCGUUGGACUAAUGCGUGCCUGACCUGGAAUCCUCUUUGGGGUCCAUACAUAUGCUCAGAUUUCUGGGCUGGCGGCACGGUCCACGCUGCUGAAGGUAGUCUUUGGGAGGAAGUAGGUAGGUACUCUUUGCACAUUUCCUCUGAGCUCAUGUUGUAUUGCUCUUGACCACUGGAAACGCAGGGGCUUUUUUUCUCCAUAAGGGGAGGUGCUUAGUCACCUGAAAAACAGGAAAGAAAGGAGAAAUCCAUUUUUUCCCACUAUAAGUGAACUUUGUUCACUGGUUUGAUAUUAGCUCUAUUUAUUCUAUUUAUUCCUCUUAUGUGAUUCUGUCAGUGCAUGAUCAGCCCUUUUUCAUUUUUGCCAUGUGCAAAUCUCAACAUUUGAGCAUAUGUUGUUGAGAAAAUUGUCCAGCACAAAGAGCUGUUCUUAAAAUGCCAAUGUGGAACAUCAGCCCUAACUAUGAGUUGGGGCACUGUUUCCUCAUUUCCUAGUUGAGCAGGGCCGGUAGUACCUGCAGAGGAAGUGGGCCAAACUAAUGGAGCCUCCUGGGUGCCAGGCGGGAAGAAUGUCUUGAACUUUGUCAGAGGUGAUUCCUUAGGCAGAUGAAAGAAAUAGGGCUCCACCACUGCUUACCUCCAUUCUCUCUUCUCAUGGAGAGUGUGUUUCAAUAAAAAGGGAAAGAUGGUGACUAACGCCCACUGACUCUUAAAAUUUCUGUUUAUUAAUGCUGACAGUGAAAAAUCCAUUUGCCUGGCUUAUGUUUUUCUUCUUUACUUGCACUUUAAUGAUAUUGUUAGGGCCUGAUAACAGCUGCCUGAUAAAUUCCACUUUGGGUCUCUCCAGGCCAGGUGGAAAGGUGAGCUGAAAAUGGACCUCAUUAGCAGUGAACAUCAUGACCAUUUUCUGCACCUCCAAGGCCAUGGCUAUAAAUGGCUACACUGCUAAACAUCAGCUAAGUACUAGAAAACUCAAUUGAGAAUGUUGGAGCAGCUUUCCAGAAGCAUCUUUAAUUGCUCACAUACUAGCCCUGGGACCCUAAAGAUAAAAAGGGAUAUUUCUAGAUGUUGGUUUUUUUCAUUGCUUGUUUGUCCUUUUUAUUAGCCAGUGGUAAGAGACCUGUUGCAUGAUUAGAAGCAUGGGAUUUGGGGCUCUUAUAAGAGAUGCAACAUAAUAUAUACUUCUGUGCAUUCUUUUUUAAAAAAGGAUUAAAAGUUAACCUAUGCCAAUUUCACAAAACAGCUCAAGGUCUGGCCAUUGAUGGAGGAGUGUGGUACAAAGUGUCUUGGAAUACAUAUUAUUCCUGUUCCCAAAGAAACAAAGCUGGGCACGAUAUAGGAGGAGGUUGCUCAUUGUGGUUGCUCAUUUAAACUGCUUCUUUCGUUAUAUCUCUCUCCCUCAAUUGAUGAACACACAGAUACUAGUCCAUUUUGGAUCUGCAAAAGGAAAAGGACUUUGGGGUACCCCCACUUAACACCUUUCACACCACUGAGAGUAGGAGUCCUUUUGUUUCUCCAGAUCCAAAAUGGACUAGUAUCUGUGUUUCAUCAAUUGAGGGAGAGAGAGAUAAGGAAAGAAGCAGUUUAAAUAAGAAACACCCCUUCCACCUAUAAGCAGCGGCUCAAGCAGCGCAAUCCCAGUGCCCAUUCCCCACUCCUGCCUUUUCUCAACAAUCCCCCCAUUACCUGGGCAGACCCCCUAAGUUGCCUUUGGUCACACCCAGUCCUGCGCUCAGAUUGAUAAUUGCCCAGUGCAGCAGCUAGUUGGAAGAAGCACCCUCCUGCAAAGCUUGCCAAACUCCGUGGGACUGCUUAGGGUCGAGCCCUCAGUAGAUGAUGCUAAACCCUCAGCAUCCCGAAAGGGAGGGAGAGUACAUGGCCAAAUGUCCUGUUCACUUGAAGUGCUCCCACUUGAUGCCCGUCUAAAAACUUCAAGAGACACAACACCCCAGGGAUCAAUUCACCGCCUAAAGUUUUUUCUUUUUCACAUAGACACUGGCCGAUUGCCUGUGGGAGGGGAAUGAGUCUCACUUCCUUACCAGAAUCCCACAGCAGGACUUGGUUAGGGUCUGAAUGGCUCUGGCUGAGAGGGCUACGUAAGACCUGCUAUCUGUCCCAGAGCAGACAGAUCUUGUAAUGCUCUCUGAGGGGUUAUAGUGAAAAAAUACUGGUCCUCACCCUUGCAUCUCUUGGAACUGGGUGUCUUGCCCCAAAGGAGUCUCCAUUCAUUGAUUCAAUCAUAUUUCUUGAGUGCUUGCUGUGUGCACACGACUGUACUAAGCACUUGGGAGAGUACAAUAAAACAACAGAUACAUUCCCUGCCCACAAUGAGCUCUCAGUGCUAGUCCGGCUAAGGAUUUUGUUGAAUUUAAAAAAAAAAAAGGAAAAAGGUUUCCUCUGCCCAGAUUUCCUCAUUCCAGCAAUCCCAGGAACCCCAACCUUAAAAGUGAACUGCCUGGGGACUUGUUCCUCUCGAGCUGUGCUUACAGCUGCUCCUGCUUCCACAUUUCCUCAAGACAGUACCAGGACGUGACCCCCUGACUGUCACCUCACACUUUUCACAGCUGCAGAUAAAUGGGAUGUUGGUGAAGGGAGGGGAAGUUUGACUAUUCUAAGCAAAAUAGGGCCAUAUCUUUGGCAGCCUUCUGAUGCAUCAGGAGGGAAAACUUACUGUGUGAAAUGAUUUUAGCCAUCAUUUUGGGUCUUUUCACAGGUGUGCAGAUGCUCUCAGGUGAUGGUAGAGACCUGGGAUAAGUCAAUCACCUAAGGAGUUGGCACUUAUGCCAGGGCCCCCUCCCCUGUAUGAAACCAUUGGAUAUUUGGGACAAAUUGUUCAAAGCAAACACAUUUUCUACCUUGUGCAUAAUUGAGGAUUUUGACAUUUAGUAUUACAGUGAUGCAAAUUUAAGGUUACAAUUAUCUAUGGACCUGUGUGGUUUUUAAAGUUUCUGAAGACAUUAGCAUCUCAUUCUAUAGCAAAUAAAGCUCUUGAUCUUUAAGUAAUUUGGAAUAAAUAACAAUAUCUGUAUUUAAUUUUUGAUUAUGUGCAAUGGGCUGAGAACUGAUUUCUUUUCACACACUUUCAUAGUAAGUGUCAUGAAACAAGACUUUGGCUCAAUCAGUUUGAAAACCUGCAAAGUUUAAAUCACUCAAUCAUAUUUAUUCAGUGCUUACUGUGUGCAGAGCACUGUAGUAAGCACUUGGGCGAAUACAGUAUGACAAAUUAGAAGCAAUCUCUCCUGCUCCAUGUACCCUAUGAAGAGGCCAUUUCAAACCUUCCAAUAAAGCACCUCAUUUUUAAAGAGAGGGCUUAUUGAGUUUAGAUCUCUGUGGUUUGGAUUUUUGUCUUGUCAGAAAAGUCACCUCCUACACUGUAAACUCCUUGGCUCUUUCACCUAGAUCAAAAAGAAUGCAGCAUCACUGUUGAAUAUUUGAAAUGAAGGAAAAGGAAUAUAUAUGUCCAUGAAAACUGCAAAUUGGUUCUACUGAAAAAUGAAAUAUGUGUGAAUGUUGAACAUUCUUGCUCUGUAUUGUACAAGCUCUGUAUAACUGUGCAAUUGAUUUUGACUGGUUUAUCUAAUGGAUGAACAAGAUGUAGUAUGUUUAUUUUCUUGGGAUGUUUCAUUAACCAAAACCAAAAUAUGUGUCUCCAACAUUUGAAUUGUCCAUGAAGGGUGGACUGAAGGGUUUGUUUUGUGUUACCAGGCAUAAUUUGGUGGGGGUGGGGGGUGGUGAAUAGUGAGAUUAUGCCUAUAUGCACAUUAAACGCAUUAUUUUUCUUGAAUUCUAAA